UCUCUAAGAGUGUGAAUUAUUUUAUUAUUUUUCUUUCUCCAUCUCCAAUCUCCAUAUAUAGUUGGAGUUGGAAACUAAUAUAAAGUAAAUUAAACCAUUAUAUUAUAAUGUCUGGCGUAUGGAUAUUUGACAAGAAAGGUGUUGCCCAUUUGAUAAAAAAUCCUACUCGUGAAUCCUUCGAGCUAAAACAACCAACACAUCCAGGCACGGGUACAGCCACAGCACCGGGGGCACGCCCUCGAGUGUUGGUGUACCUACCAGAGAAUGAGAUGAUAGGUUCCUAUGAAGAACUAGAGAAGAGACUCAUCGAAAUCGGGUGGACCCGAUUCAACAACCCGAUGAAGUCGGAUCUUCUGCAGUUUCAUAAAUCAGAUGAUUCUGCACAUCUCAUUUCACUUCCAAAGAGCUUUACAAACUUCAACUCACACAAUAUGUAUGACAUUGUGGUCAAGAAUCCAUCGGUUUUUGAAGUUCGUGAUGUUAAAGUGUGUGAUCAUCUUAUAUGAAACUUAAAUUAUUAAAGUAAACAUACUUAUUAAUUAUGUUAUUUCUCCUCUUA